AUGCCGACCAACUUCUCCGAAGCAUGGCAGUUUCUCAUGUCCAAGCGAGACCCAAGGACAGCGGACAUGCUGUUUGUGGGCGACGUGCGCUUCAUCGUGGUCGUCCUGGGACUCUAUCUCUACAUCGUGUACCACGGAGGGCCGAAAUUUAUGAAGAACCGGGAACCCUACAACCUGAAACCGGCGAUCAUGACGUACAACUUCGCGAUGGUCUUCCUGAACGCAUUCUUUAUGGUCAAGUUCUUCCAGCACUCUUUCGUGUAUGGAGGAUAUAGCUUCUUUUGUCAAGGGAUGACGCACGCCACGGACAAGCACUCGCUGAUCCUGCUCGACUACGCUUGGUGGUACCUCUUUGUCCGGAUCGCCGACUUUCUGGACACCUUCUUCUUCAUCUUGCGGAAGAAAUACUCACAUCUCUCCGCCCUCCACGUUUCCCACCACGGGCUGGUGGUGUGGAGCGGAUGGCUAUGGAUGGCCUUCGGCAGCGAUGGUCAGCCCAUACUCGGACUUUGUGUGAAUGCCGGGAUGCAUGUCAUCAUGUACACUUACUACUUCCUGGCUGCCCUUGGGCCCAAAGUGCAGAAGUACCUCUGGUGGAAGAAGUACAUCACCACGCUCCAGAUCACGCAAUUCGUGGUCCUGCUCAUGCACAUCUGCAUUCCGCUCGUGUACGAUUGUGGCUAUCCGGGCGUCAUGAUCGCAAUGGCGUUUGCCCAGGGUCUUCUGGGUCUUGUGCUCUUCAUCAACUUCUAUAUUCACGAGUACAUGAAGCGGAAGGUGCUCAAAAAUCCCGUCAAGAUGCUGGACAACAUGUGCGUGACCCAGUCGCAGACUCCCGCAAAGGUUUCUGGUGAUAGGCCGAAAAAGGCGUGA